AUGGAGCAGCGAGCGCUCGUCCAGCUCGCGGUCUUGGCGUCGCUCGCCACCAUCAGCGCCUUUGUGGCCGUUGGGCUCUUCCGGAAACGUCACCACCACCGCCAGCAGCUGCAGCAGCUCAAGCAGCAGUCGCUGGACCAUGUCAAGCAGUCGAAGGAAGUGGAAGUCACGCGUGAGAGGCCGUCUCUAGUGUCCCAGACAGAGGUGUCCCCCCUCCCCCCUCCUCCUCCUGAGCUGCCACCGGUCGUGAACUUGGGCGAGGCCGAAGCCACUUUAGCUACCAAGAAGUACAAGGCCGGGGACUUUGACCAAGCUAUUGAGCUCUACUCUGUCGCCAUCUCCCUCGGCGAACAGCAGCAGCCGCUGGAUGCGCGCAACCUCAAAGUCAUGUACUCGAACCGUGCAGCUGCGUACGAGAAGCUCCAGGACUAUACGAACGUCAUUGGGGACUGUGCGAAGGCGCUGCAGCUGGACAACCGACACACCAAGUCGUACAUGCGUCGAGCAAAGGCGAAAGCUGCUCUGGGAGAUCUGCGUGGCUCCCUUGUGGACUACGUCUGUCUCUUGGUGAUUGCAGAGGAGAGACAGGAACAAGUGGACGAGACCUUGGCUCAGGAGAUCAGCCGCAUUCAUAAUGACAUUACCGUGAAGGAGAUCGAGGAUGCACAGCAGAACAAGCAGAACCCUGUGCGCUAUUUGCCCGACCAGUUCUUUGUGACGUCGUACUACUCAUCAUUUCAUUCGAGUGACGACGAAAACGAUGUGGUGCCGGAGAAAUCGUCCGAGGAGUACACGGCAGAGCUGGAGGCUUUGGGAACAGCAGACGAGGACUCUCGUUCGCAGCGUUGUUUACUACUGACGAAGCGGGGACUUGCAUUGAAGAAAGAGAAAGACUAUGACAUGGCUGCCAAGGACCUGGCCGCUGCCUGUAAGAUCGUUCGCCCUGAAGACAAAGCUUAUUAUACGGCCCAGAUUGAGAACGGAACGUACCAUCACCUUCGUGGCGAGUUUGAGCUUGCUCGUAAGUCAUUCAAAAAGGCCCUUGAUGCCAAACCCCACUCCAUUUUUGCGAAAAUUCGCAUGGGUGGUCUUUGUUUUGAUCAAAAAGACCUGAAGACGGCGCUUGAUUGGUUUGACAAGGCUUUGGCUGAGAAGUCAGAAUGCUCUACGGCCUACUUUCACCGUGGCCAGCUUCAUUCUAUUGACGUAUCACCAGAUGGAACCAGUAACGAAGAGUCGAUGGCCGCGGCCCUUAGCGACUUGGAAACCUGCAUCAGUCUUGCACCGGAUUUUGCCAUGGCCUACAUUCAAUUGGGUGUCACGCACGCGCGAAACGGUAAUUUCCAAGGCGCUGUUGACUACCUCACGACAGCAGCCCGCAUUACACCCGAUGUGCCGGAAAUUUACAAUUACAUGGGGGAGACAUACAUGCAGAUGCUACAGACCCCCGGCAGUAGUGUUGAUUUGAAGACUGUGGAGGAAAUGUUUGAGAAAGCGAUCGAGCUGGACCCAUCGUACCCGAUGGCAUACAUUAAUCAGGGUAACUUGUUGGUCCAAAAGGGCGCAGAGUACGGUCGCCAGGCGCUCGGUCUGUUCGAGAAGGCUGUGGAGAUGUGUCCUCGUUCGAAGUUUGCAUACUGCCAUCUUGCUCAGGUAUACAUGGCAAUGCAGGAGUAUUCUCGCGCCAUUGAGCAGAUUGACAAGGCAGUGGCUUUUGCCUUUAGCAAGGAUGAGUUCAACGAACUGUUUGCCAUCCGCGUGACGGCCGAGACACACCAGCAGGCGUCCGAGCUGCUCCACUAG